GUGUUAUGUUAGUUUCUGAUGAUGAAUUUCCAGUUGGAGGUUUAGUAGUUCAUUCAGGAUUGAGUUCUGGACUCAGAGUUUUAAAUAAUAAAUUGAAAUCAACUCCAUUUUAUGAUAUUUUUCCAAAUGUUGAUCGAAUCAAAAAUGUUACAUGUCCAGUUUUUAUUAUGCAUGGCUUAGAAGAUGAAAUUAUUGAUUACACUUAAGCAAAGUUAUUAGCAAAUAAUUGUUAAAGAUUAUUUGAAUAUUGGGAGGUAGAAAAUAUUGGACAUUCAGGAAUUGAUACUAAUGCUGAUCAUAGAAAGAAUUAUUUUUAUAAAUUAAGAGAUUUCAUCAAAUGUAAACAUAUUUUCAUAUAAUAAAGUAAUCAAAUAAGAAAAUUAAACAAUUAAAGAACUUAAAUAAAGAAAUACGGCAAGUCCCAAAAAUACUAAGUCUUACAAUCAUUAUUAUGAUAACAAACUUAGAGACUUUCAUUUAAAUUGCAAAAAAAUAGAAGAUUCAGAUUCGCUAAAAAAAUAAUUAUGA